UAACAUAAUGUAUGUCAUUGGGCCACCUGUCCCUGUCUCGUUGAUAUGGACGUACGAGGAAAUCAGAUCGCUGCCCCAUGCGUAACGGCCUCUGAUUCUUCCCGGGCGCGCAUGCGGGUGGUCCCCUGUGACGGAUGGGUAGGCCUCCCUCCUGAUCCUGAGCUGGACCGAAAGGUAGAAUUAAAACUGAACCCAGAGAGGAUCUGUUUGUUGGGCCGACAAUGCUGGGCCGGCCUGGUUGAAGAGACUAACUGGAGUCCGGUCUCAAGGCUGAGCGGAUCGGACCUGGUGCAUGUGUGAGGCUUGAGGACCUUUAGAUAAUGGGCUGGUAUCGUGGGCCUGACCCCAGACCGGGUGAAAAAAUCCAGCGGUCAUCAUUAUUCAUGCACACGUUUCCAAUAGUGAAGCUGGAUCAAUUGCUUGUCACCCUUCUAACAUAUUGUCCUCUGGCAAUAAUUAAUAGCCCCUCUAUGUUGGUUAUUCUCUGGAUUUUGGGGAUAAUGAUGCUGCCGUGCAUGCGUGCUCGUUGGAACAAGAUUCUGCGCGCUGUUACUGUUGCUAUGAGGACCCGUUGGAUAUUUAGUGAAGUAGUAGAAACGUAAAUUGUUAGAAAAAAAAAAAUCAACGGAUUAAAUAAAGAACAGAGGGAAUAAGCUUUCCUGUGCGUUAGAGUUCAGCGUUCACGUUUAUUGCAAGCGUUUUGUAACCGAUGCCACAGAGAUACGUGGAAUUGGGAACAAAAUUUAAAAAUUAGCUAUUUUUACCAUUCUCUGCUUUGUUGCUUACCGCCUCCCUCCUCGGAUUUCGUGCAAUCUGGUCCGAUUGUUGAAACAGCCGGCGCUGUGUUUCUCCCCGAACUGCUUUCUGAUUAUGCAACAUCUGAGCCUCUUCGCUCACAUGGUUUAUGCCUUUAAUUAUAACUUGUAGCACAGGUUGAACAGAGGAGAUAAUCCAACGUCUCUCUCCUUAUAUAUAUAGAUAUAUAUAUAUCACUCUUCGCCUUGCAUGUGCUGUGCUAUCGUUUCAUAGAGAACAGGUUGGUUUGCAUGCAAUUUGGGGUUCAAGUGAAAUGGAAAUCCAUAAUGGUGGUAGGCCAAGCGUGAUUGCAAGUUUGGAGAGUUGUAUGAGAAAAUGCAUAUUACGCGUUCUAUCCAUAGGUCCCAUCCCCAGUCAUAUUGCCUUCAUAUUGGAUGGAAACCGGAGGUUUGCCAAGAAGGAGAAACUGGAAGAAGGAGCUGGUCACAGGGCUGGAUUUACAGCUCUUAUAUACAUACUUAAGUACUGUUAUGAGUUGGGAGUAAAGUAUGCGAGUGUUUAUGCCUUCAGCAUUGAUAAUUUUAAAAGGCGACCUGAUGAGGUUCAGUACUUGAUGGAUCUAAUACUGGAGACGACUGAGGGAUUGCUCAAGGAAGAAAGUAUUGUCAAUUCAUAUGGUAUUGGAGUGCAUUUUGUAGGCAAUCUGAAGCUUCUGAGUGAGCCUGUCAGGGUCGCAGCAGAGAAAGUUAUGAGGGCUACUGCCAAGAAUACCAGGUGUGUGCUUUUCUUUUGUAUAGCCUAUACUUCAACUAAUGAGAUUGUGCAUGCUGUUCAAGAAUCUUGUAAAGAUAAAUUGAACAAAAUUGCGCCAUCCAAUCCCAACAAAGCUUGCAAUGAUGGGGUUGAAGAAGUAGGAGAAUAUAUUAACAAGAUAGAUGGCGCAAUCACACACGGUGUUAGAGAAUCCUGCAAAGAUGAAGCAUACGAUGUUGUGACCAAAGGAGCUGAAGGGAUUGACAACUCUAAUACUGUGAUUGUAAAUGCAAAUAGAACUAGGGACAGUGUGAUUUCAGUUGAAGAAAGUGACAAGAUGCUGUCGGUUUCUAGCAUAAAACUCGUAGACAUUGAGAAAAAGUUGUACGUGGCACUAGCCCCUGAUCCUGAUGUCUUGGUUAGAACUUCUGGUUCGAACCGCCUGAGCAACUUCUUACUUUGGCAGGCUAGUAAGUGUUCACUAUACUCUCCACAGGCACUGUGGCCAGAAAUUGGCCUAUUGCAAUUUGUGUGGACAGUGAUAAUCUUCCAACGUAAUCGUUCCUAUUUGGAGAAGAAAAAGCAGCAGUUGUAGCGAUUCCUUUUUCUGCCUUUUUCCUUGUCUGAUUUGGGAUGGUUAUCCAUAUCAUUGUGCAAACUAACUAGAAUUUUGUAACAUCAUUAGAACAAUUAUCA